UAGUUAUGGUGUUGCGGCGGUUUCAAUAUAAAAACGUUACUUUUGUUUUGUAAUAAAUAUUUUUUAUUAAAAAAGUUAUUAGAAAACUAAUUAAAUAUGAUUCGAAAUCCGAAACUUGAAGAAUUUGAGAUAGAAACAAAGCCAAGAAAACCAGGAAAACAAAAGUUUUCAGACUUCUUGUACAAUGAAGACACUAGGGAAAUUUUCGGACGAACACCUGAAAGAUGGGGAAAACUUUUCUUGUUCUAUUUAAUCUUUCUUUCGGCACUAGUUGCAUUAUUCUCAGUAUGUAUGGCAACAUUCUUGCAACAAUUUAUUAAUCCUAGAGUGCCACGAUUACAACAAGAAGGUAGUUUAAUCGGAAGUAGUCCUGGGCUGGGUUUCCGUCCAUUGCCAGAUGAUGUAAGAAGUACACUUAUUUGGUACAAAGGUACUAGUUAUGAAAGUUACAAAUACUGGGAAGAUGAGCUUAUUGAAUUUCUAUCAGUGUAUAAAAAGAAGGGUCAAACGGUAGGCGCUGGUCAGAAUAUAUUCAACUGUAACUUUAGAAACUCUCCACCACCAGGGAAAGUGUGUGAUGUUGAUAUUACCAGGGGUUUUGAUCCAUGUACAGAAGAAAAUCACUUUUCAUUUCAUAAGUCAUCUCCAUGUAUCUUCUUAAAACUUAACAGAAUAUAUGGGUGGAGACCUGAGUUCUACAAUGACACAAACAAUUUGCCUGUGGAGAUGCCUAUUGAACUCAAAGAUAACAUAAGGAAUAUCACUUUCAAUAAUAUGGAUCAUGCAAAUAUGAUUUGGGUGUCUUGUGAAGGAGAGACACCGACAGACAAGGAAAACAUUGGACCCAUCACUUACCUUCCAUAUCCAGGCUUUCCAGGAUAUUUCUAUCCAUACAACAAUGCUGAGGGUUAUCUUAGUCCGUUGGUUGCAGUACAUUUGCAGAAUCCCAAAGCUGGUAUAGUGAUCAACAUUGAGUGCCGCGCUUGGGCACAGAAUAUCAAAUAUGACAGGAGAGAAAAGUUGGGUGUGGUACAUUUUGAGCUUAUGAUUGAAUAGACUGACAUUUUUUACACAACCAAAUUAAAAUAAAUAAUCUAUUAUGAAAUUCCCAUCAUACAAUACUUGACAUUAGACUUGGUAUUUGUAAAAUAGUUUUGUUUGACCUGUUUUUUUUUAAAACACAAAUUAUGCGGGUACAUAUAAAUAAAAGUAAGGUUUUUUUUAGGUUUGGUUAUCAAAGGGAAUUUGUAUCUGAUUUUAUAUGCUGUAAUCUCUUAUAUUAUGACAUACAUUACAUAAAAUUUUAUCGUGUAUGCUAGUUUUUUAUACUCGUUAGAGGAAUAUAUAUUUGGUCGCAAGAGUAGCUUUAUAUAAGGUUUUCUAUAUCAGUAGUGCCAGAUCUUAACCAGAUUUAUCUUAGCAUUUAUGUUUGAAUAUUGCACUUAAAAAUAUUUUAACUUACUUUUAAAUUUGACAAUUAUAAUUGUUUAUGGAUCUGGUUUUUAUAAUUUGAAUCUGUUUCAAUUGAAAGUUUUAAAACUAAAUUACUAAUUUUAAUUAUUGUUAUGGGAUUAUGUAGAUGUCGUGUUCUGAUACUAAAAUCAUUUUUUUUAUAUUAGGCCACGAUAGUGACAAUAAGACUUAAUUAAUGUUUCUCAUAUAAGUUAGUUAUCCGUCCAUACAUUUGUGCCUAUAUUUACCAUUCCUUAAUAUGUAAUGUAUGUAAUUAGUAUGUAGUGUGUUUUAAAUAUAUUUUAAUUCGUAUCCUUAGGGACUGUUUAAUAAAUGACUCACUAUAAUCGAUAUACUUAUUUUUUUUUGCGGGUAUAUAGAAGUUUUAUCUAAAAAAAGUUUUUGUGUCUAAUAUAAAUGAAUCAUGAUAUUAUUUUCUAUUAACAGAUUCCUUUUGUACGUAAGUACUUAACAUUAAAAUAAAACUUAAUUGGAUAUAAACGCGCAUUUAUUACAUUAUUUGUUUCGGGUGACUUUCAUUAGCAGUGUUAAACAUUUUUGUUCGAGGAAAUAGUAAAAGCUCGUGUUAACAUUCGUUAAUUUUAUUUGAACGAGUCCGUUUUGUAUCUAAUAUUAUUCAUUAUAUUCGGUUGUAGUCUACCUACACAAAUUAGCAACCCACCUUAGUUUUAUAUAAACAAUACUUUAAUCCUAAUAUAGCAUUUAUUAUUUUAUAGGAUUUUUUUUUAUUUAAAAAUAAAAUCAAAUCGGCACACAAAAUAUAGUAUUUUAUACAUACAUACAUAUUUUAUAUCCUGUGUUAACCGUAUAACUCGAUUGCAGAUACAUUUUCAUUCCUCGUAACUAUUUAAUAAUUAAGGUUUUUACAUUUUAUGUUUCAGAGCCUAAAUUUAAAAAUGUAUUGUUUUAUUCAUUAAUUUCUGUUAUCAUACAAACUUUACAUUGCCAGCGCAUGCAUCUUUUUUAAUUUUACAGUUUAUUUUUUACAUUUAUCUUGUACUAUAUAGUUUUGCUCGUACUUAGAAAGUAAUUAUACCGUCCAACUGUGUGUAUCUGAUAUAUUUUGUAU